GUUGGUAGUGGUGUUCUGCAGACGGUAGAGAGCUCGUGCGCUGUGGCAGUAGAUGUUUUCAGAUGCGUACUGAUGUUCUCAUCUUGUGAAGAGUUAUUGAAUCUGACACAGAGGGAAUGAAAAAUUCUUAAUCAAUUUGAUUUAGAAAUUACAUACAGAUUCCUAGUGUUUUGUCUGACGCAUUAAAACAUCAAGUUUGAUUGACAAAGACGAAAUUGAUUGAGACGUCGAAGAAGCUAUGAAGAGGUGUUGGUAAUUUGACUUCUUGAUGUCGGGACGAGAAAAAUCCAAACAGAGGAACAGAUGCAACGACAUACCUCGGUCAUUGAGGUAUCCAGUUGCAAGGAAAAUUGACAGAGAAUAAGUGACAUAUGAUCCCGUUCGUUUGUUCUUGAUAGAAGGAUCUAUAAACGCCGUAAUUAUAAAUCUUUACAUUAAGUCACUGCAUGUUUAAUUAUGGCGUGCAGCUGACGUCUCUGUUUGGUAUUAUAUUGUUAAUUCUCAAGUUACGAUCUAUCUUGAUCUGCUCGAAUAGACGGUGGACAGUAGAAAGAAGCUUCGUUCUACAUAAGAUUUAAAAGUGCACGGAACUAACUAUGGAGGCUACAAAUUCGUCUAUUUUUGGAGUUACGAAUUCUACUGCAGAAACCUUAACCACUGACAUGGAAUCAGUUGAAACAGCUGAACGGGCUAAAGCCGUUUUCCGUGUUGUGGUUCCUAUAAUAUUCGUCAUUUUGAUGAUUGUUGGAGUGGUUGGAAAUGGAAUAUUGAUAUAUACUGUGUUUGCUAACAAAUGUAUGAGGAAUACACCAAACGUUUUAAUAGUCAGUCUUUCAAUAGGUGAUAUGGUCUUAUUGUUGAUGUCGGCUCCAUUUUCGUCAACACACUUUACCUUAGACCAGUAUCCAUUCGGAGAGUUGGUCUGUCGAGGUAACGAGUACCUACAAACCCUAUCCGUGGGGGUGUCCGUCUUCACUUUGACUGCCCUCAGUGGGGACAGGUUUUUCGCUAUUGUAUUUCCGAUGAGCAAACAUAAAGGGAAACCCAAGCUCAAGCUAGCAAUAACGGUAGCCUCGAUUUGGAUUCUAUCGGCCCUACUGGCGAUACCUGAAGCAAUGAAUAUGAAUAUAUUUGUACAUAAAGGAAAUGAAUAUUGUUUUCCCCAAGAUAAAGAAUUCCCAAAGAUUUUUACCAUGAUUAAAUUCACCGUUCUGUUUUUGGUGCCAUUGCUGAUAAUAGGAUUUUUCUAUUGCAUGAUGGCUGUUAUUUUAGUGACAAGCAGUCGCCGUAUUCCAUGCGAAACCACGACGGGAUCAGCUGUUUCCCGCCAGCAACAGAGGCAGAUGGAGGCUCGGGUGAAGGUUGCGAAAGUCGUGUUGUCCUUCGUAUUCCUCUUCAUUUUAUGUUGGCUGCCACGUUACGUAUACCUACUGUGGUUCUACUGGACCGAAGAGGGAAUAAUGACAAUACCCUGGAUGUCUCUCAAAGUGACAGGAUUUUGCCUCAUGUAUAUCUAUUCCAGCAUCAAUCCGUAUGCUCUGUACUUUCUGAGCAGUCAGUUUAGACGAUAUUAUAACAAGUAUUUAUUUCGCUGCUGUCCAAAAUCGUACAGGCCAAUUCAGCCGGAAUCGGCGUCAGCCAUGCUUUAUAAUGGAACCAUUAGAAGGGGAAGCACCUCCAUGACAAUGAUUAAAGCGCACUCGGAGAAAGAUUUGAAUACAGUUCAAUGCCAAACAGCUUACGUGAGAUCAGCAAAGCCGUUUACAAGCAGAAUUAUGAGACACAAUAUCUGAGAAAGACACACUGAAGUGAUGUAUUCCACGUGUUUGUUUUAAAUUCUUUAUGUUUGUUCUUUUAGCUUUAAAUGCAUUUUUCCAUCAACAUGCUUGUGUAUCUAUAUUUUGGAUACAGUCAGUGACGGAAUAUACUUUCACACACAUACAUGCAUACACACAAACAUGAGAGAGAGAGAGAGAGAGAGAGAGAGAGAGAGAGAGAGAGCGUUCGCUAUUGUAGAAUCAUUUACUUCCGUUUUGUCAAUUUUCAUGAUUUUAGACAAAAGAUAUAUUAUCUUUAUUUCGUGGUUGAACUGUUGUCGUUAUUGCAUUUUGUUGUCCAUUUUCUGGAUUUAAUGGAAGAUUCAGAUUAUUUUCACAUUGUAAACACAAGAAAAAUCUGACCACCACGAGGAUAUGUGAUUCUACAUUAAUAGUAGAAAUCACACUGCCGACCUUUGUUACCAUGUAAUUCUCCAUAUGCUGUAAAAUAACUUAUUUUGUGGGUUGUUGAAGACGUAUCGGUCCUUUUAUUUUUCACCUCCACGAAUUUAGUCAUUUACUUAGUGUAAUUCUCUGUAUUAAAGUAAAGUAAAGUAAAUUUUAUUUAAAAUCGGCACUAUAUACAUUCAACAUAUAAAACACAAGCUCUGCAGAGCUUUUUAACCUACUAUCACAUAUAUGUAUCUCAAGGACAAAGACACAUAACAUGUAUGUACACAUAUACACGGACGUAUCACAGAUUAACAAAAGAAUACAAAAUAAAAUAUUAUUGUGUAUUAAAUACUUAGUAAAAAUUCAAAUUUAUUGGAAAUUAUGUGGACAGAUAACAUAUUUAUAUCUUUAUCAUAGAAGAUGUAUAUACAAUGUUUUGAAUAUCAUUAGAAAAAUAGAUAUUCUUUGGAAAGCAGGUGAAAUAUUUCAUAUACAUGUGUGUGUUUGUGUAUAGUAAUGAAAGAAAAGCGCGUAUAUUGUAUAAUGAAACUUCAUUUUAACGUUGUCCAUUAGGAAUCGGAUAUACUUAUAAGUUUAUUCAUAUCAAUUUUUGUUGUUCGUAAUUAAUCACAUCCAUGAAAAACUAGUAAAAUUGGAAAUCAGUCUUUGUGAAGGAUUAUUACAAUUGAAUAUUGCUAAGUUUGCUCCCAUGAAAGAUAAGAUUUAGUAUGACAAAACCGCAGAGCAUCUGUUGGCAUAUAUAUCUGAUAUUCAGCGAGUGUGUGAGAAUAUGUCUUAUUGCGUUCAGAUGAGACCAGUAUAUUGUGAAAUUGUGCUUGAUAUUUAUUUUUAUUACUGUUUGAUUAGUACCGAUGUUAUAUUUUCAAUGUGAUAAAAAUUUAUUAAAACCAUA